AUGGCCACUACUACUGCUUCCACCACCACCACCGCCGCCGCGAGCUCUAAUAUGGCAGUCCCCAAGGCCUCUCCUUCACUGCAACGCCUCGACUCUAACGACCCGGCAACUACGUACGAGCGCGUGGUCGAGCUGGUGCGCUCGGAUGGCGGCGUGAUUAUCAAGAACCUCAUCUCCGCCGAGCACGCGGCUUGUAUCAAGGCCGAGCUGGCCCCAGUCUUUGCUGCCGACGUGCCCGAUGCCUCCGGCUUCUUCCCCACCACCACGCGCCGGGCCACAGGCCUGCUGGCGGCGUCUGAGGGCUGCGUCGAACUUGCGACCAACAAGUUGUGGGUGGACACCUGCAACGAGAUCCUAACCUCCACAUGCUCGCCCUGGUACGGUGAGCAGCGUCGCACCUUUGUCACGAAGCCUACCAUUUCUGGCACCUUUGGUUUCCAGAUCCACCCUGGCUCGCGUGCCCAGGACCUGCACCGCGACGACAGCGACUACCACCUGCCCAGCGGCCUCGACUCGUGCAUGAUGGGCCUGCUUGUCGCCAUCACCAAGUGCACCUACGAGAAUGGCGCCACCAUGGAGGCGGUGCCGGUUGAGCUCGAGAUUGGCGAUGCCCUCAUCUUCCCUGGCAACACCUACCACGGCGGUGGUGCCAACAAGACCAAGGACGAGGUUCGCGAGGUCAUCGGCCUGUUCAUGUGCAAGGGAUAUCUCAAGCCGGAGGAAAACCACCAGCUGGAGAUUCCCGUCGAGUUGGCCAAGGAGAAGAAGUUCUCACCACAAGUCCUGCGCCUGCUCAAUUAUGGUAUCAGCCAGCCAGCGCUAGGGUUCUACAAGUAUAAGGAUCCCAUAUCCAUCAUCUUCGGCAUCAACGACGAGGAGACUGUCCACCUCUGA